UUUUUUCAGUAUUUUUUACUUAUACACUUAAAUAAUGAUAAGUAGUAAUUCAUUGUCAUUAUUGACUAUCAUUACAUUGUUCAUCACAGUUCUUGUUCAAUCUGAAGAUCUAACUGAACUUGUUAUGACACCGAAAUUAAUGGAUGAAAUGAAAACACAACAAACAACUACUGAAAUGACUAUCAAAUACAACAUGAAUCAUAAUACUUCAUCUACUCCUAAGGAAAAUCAAACGCGUCCAUUGAAACGUGUAAAUCGUCGUAAAACACCAAAAAAUCGAAAAAGAAUUGAUCGACGUAGAGGAAAGAAUAUAAAACGAAAUACAUCAGGUUUCCAAUUGAUUGAAUCAAGUUGUCAGAAAUUGAAUAAUCUUGAACGUUAAUUAACGUUUCAUAAUAUUUUUGAUCUUUUUUUUAUAUUUUGUGAUCGAUUGAAAUCGAAUGAAAAAAACAAUUUUUUUCCCUGAUUCGUUUAUAUAUUUUGUAGUAGUUUAUAGUUUAUAGUUUGUUUCUGAUUAUUUUUAAAAUAUAAAUGGAUUACAGUGACUAUGCUUUUUG